GCUGAGGCAACUGCGGAGCGGGGCGGGCGGGCGGACGCCCACGACGAGCCGGGCCAUGGCCAAGCUGCAGUGCCUGCAGGCCGACUACGCGUUCCGGGGCGGCGAGCACGCCGUGCGCAUGGCGGUGAACGGCGGCGCGCUGGAGGUCGAGGUGGAGGACCGGCUCACCACGGACCAGUGGAGAGGGGAGUUCGACGCCGCCUUCAUUGAAGACCUGACUCACAAGACGGGCAACUUUAAGCAGUUUGGGAUUUUUUGCAGCAUGCUGGAGUCAGCGCUGACGCAGAGCAGCGAGUCCGUCAGCCUGGACCUGCUCACCUACACCGACCUGGAGGCCCUGCGCAGCAGGAAGGUGGGGGUGGGCCCCCGGCACCUCCCCUCCGCCCUCAAGGCCUCGCCGCUCAGCUCCAAGCGCUACCUCAUCCUCAUCUACUCCGUGGAGUUUGACAGGAUCCACUACCCGCUGCCCCUGCCCUACGUGGGCAAACCCGACCCCGUGGCGCUGCAGAAGGUGAUCCGGGAGCUCAAGGAGGAGCUGGCCCUGUUAAAGGCCAGACCCGGCAAGGAUUUCCGGGACGCCGAGAUCCGACGGCUGCAGGACGAGCUGCAGCGGACGCUGGAGGAGAAGCAGGAGGUGGAGUCGGUGGUGCUGGGCCUGCAGGAGGAGAUGCGGCUCGCCACCAAGAGCUGUGCCGCCAAGGAGGUGAAGAUCCUGAAGAAGAUCGUGCAGAGCCUCGAGGAGGAGCUGCUGAAGGAGAAAACCAAGCACCAGCGAGCGGCCACCAAGCGCCUGCAGGAGAACCGGCAGCUGGCCAGCGAGCUGGCGGAGGUGAAGGCGUCGGAGAGGACCCUGCGGAUCCGCGUCAAGAGCCUCACCGCCGAGCUGGCCUUGUACAAGAAGGGGGUGCGGGUCCAGGGCUCGGAGCCUGCAGGCCGCCUGGAAGCAGAGAGAGCGGCGCUGCCGCGUUCGACGCCCACCGGCUCGGCCCCGCAGAGCCGCUCGGCCGCCGCCCGCGCCUCCGGGCACGGCAAGGCCCGCGAGGAACCGCGCUCCAGCUCCGGCGAGCGCGCCGCGGCCUGGCCGCCCCCGCGCCAGCGCUCCGCGUCCAGGGAGAGCCGCGGCGGGAGCCAGAGCCGCCUCCCGCGCCAGUCCCCCUCGCCCGCAGGCUCCCGCCCGCCGCGUUUCGACCCCACCGCCUUCGUCAAGGCCAAGGAGCGCAAACAGAAGGAGGCCGAGCUGAGAAACCCGCGGCGGCCGCGGCGAGGGGCCGGCGCCGUCCCCUGGGCCCGCGGCGUUUCGGCUGGCGGCGGCGGCGGCGACAGCCCGGGGAGGAGCCGCGGGCGCAGCUCGUCGGCGGAAAGCGUCCGGAGCCGACGCUCGGCGGUGAGCUCGGGCAGCGAGGCGGAUGAGUACUCGGAGCCCGUGCCCCUCAGGGGCAGGCGGAGAGCGGCGCGGACCAGGAAACCCUUGAGCUCCUCGUCCUGGAACGGCCCCAGCUCGGCUCCUCGCGCCGCCGGGCACAAGAAGCACUCGGCCAGCACGCCCAGCUCGGGCCGGCGCGCGGGGAAAGAGAACCUGUAUGAGGAGCCGGCGGCCGACCUGUCGGAGAUCGACGCCCGGCUGCAGGCGCUGCAGGAGUACAUGAACAACCUGGACACCCGCACGUAACGCCCGCCCCCCCCCUCGCCCUCUUUUGGGCCCUCGGAGCCGCGGCGCCUGGAAAAGAAGGGGGGGGGAGGACGUGGCCCCCCUCCGGGGGACCCCCCCCUCCGGGGCACACGAUUCUCCGUGUAAAUAAACCUUCCGUGUGGC